UUUAGGUACAGGGCUUUAUGGAGGAACUUCAAUGUGGAGAUAAAAGCUUUAGAUUUAUAAAUAUAAGCAAAAGUAACUUUUACAUGUUUGUUUCAUGAUUCACUUUAAACAAAGAGCUCGACCCUCACUGGAAAUGCAUUUCCCAAAAUGCAUUGCGCCGCUGUGACCCUUGACAUGGACAACAAAACAAGGCAACCAGCUGAUUUUCUCGCGGGGCUGUUGUUUCUUUUUGUAAACAUGCAUGUUUGACAGCGUGACGCCGCUAUCGCUUCCUGCUGAACCUUCGGGGCUAGACUCACUUCCGUGGGACAGGUGAGUCUGUUCAGGUCCACAAUGAGCGAGCCAGGUUCAGAAAUGGAGCAAGGGAGGCCCACGGUCUUGGUCUGUCAAGAGAGCUUUGCCUGUGGGGGCUCAGACGAAGCCACAUAUGAGUGUGAUGAGUGCGGCAGCCUGCAGUGCAUCCGCUGUGAACUGGAGCUCCACCGGCAGAAGCGCAUGAGAAACCAUGACCGGGUUCAGAUCAAGGCCGGCCACGUUCCCUUCUGUGACCUCUGUAAGGGGGGCAGGGCCGACGCCACCCGGGUCCGGGCGGCGGUGCGCUGUCAGGGCUGUAAGAUCAAUCUGUGUUUAGACUGCCAGAAACGCACUCAUGCUGGCGUCAACAAGAGGAAGCACCCGCUGACGCUUUAUCCUCCGGCCAAGGAAAGCUGCGUGGUGGAUGGGGAGAUGGAGGUGGAGGCCCUCAGAUCCAAGCUGGAGGAGGCGAGCAGCUUCCUGUUAGUCAAUGAGAAGGAGGAGGUGCAGGUGAAAGAUGAAGAGGAUUUUGUUAGCAGACUAGGCUGCACACCAGAUGAGCUCCUCAAAGUGGUUUCCAUCUUUGGAAACACUGGAGAGGGCAAGUCCCACACAUUAAACCACACCUUCUUUCUUGGAAGAGAAGUGUUCAAGACCCUGCCCACCCAGGAGUCCUGCACCGUGGGGGUGUGGGCUGCUCUGGAUCCUCUGCACAGAGUGGUGGUCAUCGAUACGGAGGGGCUGCUGGGGGCUGGAGCUAAUCAGGGUCAACGCCUCCUCCUCAAAGUCUUGGCCAUCUCGGAUGUGAUUAUUUACCGAACGCACUCCGACCGUCUCCAUGACGACCUCUUCCGGUUCCUCGGCGACGCCUCAGAUGCCUACUUGAAACAUUUCACCAAGGAGCUGAAGGCGACCUCGAGCCGCUGCGGUCUGGACGUCCCGUUGUCCACACUGGGCCCUGCAGUAAUCGUCUUCCACGAAACCGUCCACACCAAGCUGCUGGGAUCAGACAGGCAGUUGGAAUCAGCGGAGUGUCUGCUGCAGGAGCGCUUCCAGAAGCUGGGCCUGUUCCCCAAAGCUUUCAGCUCCCUGCAGUACUGCGGGACCCGAACCUACAACCCUCCCACAGACUUCAGCGGGCUGCUGCGCCGCCUGGAGCGCCAGCUGGACAACAACAGCACCCGCUCCCCUCGCAGCGCAGGCGUCAUCUACCGCGCUCUGCAGGCCCUGAGCGAGCGCUUCAGUGGAGAGAUGCCUGAUGAACUCAGCAGCACCACCUCCUUCUUUCCAGAAGAGUACUUCACCUGCUGCAGCGUGUGCCUCAGCUGUGGCUCGGGCUGCAAACAAAGCAUGAACCACUUAAACGAAGGACUGGAUCAUGAAGCCAAGCAUCGCUGCUGCUAUUCUGCUCAGUUGGACAACCGCAUCUACACUUGCAAGACCUGCUACGAGGGGGGCAAGGAGGUGAUUGUGGUUCCCAAAACGACAGCCUCGUCGGACUCUCCCUGGUUUGGCUUGGCAGUCUAUGCUUGGUCUGGAUACGUCCUGGAGUGCCCCAACUGUGGAGUGAUCUACAGGAGCAGGCAGUACUGGUAUGGAAACCAGGACCCAGUGGAGACCGUUGUGCGCACGGAGAUCCAACACGUUUGGCCCGGAUCUGACAGUUUUUUGAAGGACAACAACAAUGCUGCUCAGAGGUUGUUGGAUGGAGUCAAAUUCAUCUCGCAGUCCGUCUCUGAACUUAGUGUCACACCCGCCAAAGCUGUCACCUCCUGGCUCACGGACCAGAUUGCUCCACCCUACUGGAAACCAAACUCCCUCAUCCUGAAGUGUCAUAAAUGCAGCCAAGAGUUUCAGCCUAACACCACCAAGCACCACUGCCGAGCCUGUGGGGAGGGAUUCUGCGAUGCAUGCUCCUCCAAGUCCAGACCGGUCCCAGAGAGGGGCUGGGGACCGGCACCGGUUAGAGUCUGUGACGCCUGCUUCCACAACCCAGAAAUCCCACCUGAGGUGCAGGAUGCUGUCUCUGAAGAGGAGAGGAGCUCUCUGAUAGCCAGGAAGGUCGGGGAAGCUGUGCAGAACACGCUUGGCGCUGUGAUCGGAGUCAUUGACAUUCCUCUGGGCCUGGUGAAGGAUGCUGCUCGGCCUGCAUACUGGGUCCCAGAUCAGGACAUCCGCUGCUGCUGCGAGUGCCAAAGAGAGUUCCUCCCACGCCUGACCAUCCAUCACUGCCGCGCCUGCGGCCAAGGCGUGUGUGAUGACUGCUCCCAACAGCGCCAGCUAGUGCCAUCCAGGGGCUGGGACCACCCAGUCCGGGUCUGCAACAGCUGCAGCCAGAAACCCGGCGACCUUUAGCAGGCAGUCGGCGGUGCAGAGCUGAGUUAGAGAACGUGUGGCAGAGACCGGAGGGAGAACUGAUUUCCUCUGUGAACAACAGGCAGAUUCCAAGAAAGAAAUGCAACAACCGCCAUCCACCAACCAGAAACCCAGGGCUGGCCAACGGUGGUCCUCAACCGUGCCCGUUUUCCAGUCCUCCCCGACCAGCUUGCUGCUGAUUGGCCGACUCAAGUGAUUCCACAGCCUAGUUGACAGAACACACCAGAUUGAGGUUUUCAGCAUCAAGCAGUCCAGGGAGAGCUGGAAAACAGACAAAGUUAGGGUUCUGCAGCAACCCCUCCAACUGAUCUCAGAUCCCUCUCCCAGUCCAUUGGAUGGUUGGAGACCUACUGGAGGUUCAAAGUGUAAACUGGCUUUAACCCUUUACCACCAGAGCUUUAGCUCUAGUGUUGAUGUUCUUUGACUUCUCGUUACUCUUCAGCGUAUCUUCAGCAGAUUCUGAAGUAGGAAGGUUAACGGUUCAAAGGUUAUGGGAUGCCGAAAAGUGUGCAUCGCCAGUGCCAUCUCUGGUGUUAAAGGGUUGAAGACAAUCACUCAUUCAAGAAAGGCUCUGCUGUAACUGUGUUUAGCUCUCAGAAGUAAUGGAGGGUAAUUCUGCAGAAAGAAUGACUAAAGACCAGUCUGUCAUUUA